CUCUUGGUUCUGCCCACGCAGGUCCCGCCCCUCUCUUAGCCUUGCCCCGCCCGCCGCGCAGGCGCCGUCCGAGGGCUUCGUUUGAAACAUGGCGCGGGCUGGUCCGCGGCUGGUGCUGAGCGAGGAGGCGGUCCGGGCGAAGAGCGGACUAGGGCCUCACCGCGACCUGGCUGAGCUUCAGUCAUUGUCUAUUCCUGGAACUUACCAAGAGAAGAUUACCCACCUGGGACAUUCUCUGAUGAGUUUAACAGGUCUGAAAUCUUUGGAUCUCUCACGCAACUCCUUGGUUAGUCUGGAGGGCAUCCAGUACCUGACUGCAUUGGAGAGUCUCAAUCUCUACUACAACUGCAUCUCCUCUUUGGCAGAGGUGUUUCGGCUCCACGCCUUAACCGAGCUCGUGGACGUGGACUUCCGGCUGAACCCCGUGGUGAAGGUUGAGCCUGACUACCGCCUGUUUGUUGUGCACCUGCUCCCCAAGCUCCGGCAGCUGGAUGAUCGCCCCGUGAGAGAGAGCGAGCGGAAGGCUUCCCGACUGCAUUUUGCAUCAGAGGACUCACUCGACUCAAAAGAGAGCGUCCCAGCUUCUUUGAAAGAGGGCAGACCGUGCCGCCCCAGAGCUAAGUGCACCGAGGCCUUGGCCAAGCAGAGCCUGGUCAUGGACGCGGAUGACGAGGCAGUCCUGAACCUCAUUGCAGAGUGCGAGUGGGAUCUCGGCAGGCCUCCCGGGAGCACGAGCUCCAGCCAGAAGGAGCGCGAGGCCGACUCUCUUGGUUCCCAAGAAUCCAGACAUCUAUUGAGCCCGCAGUUGGUACAGUACCAGUGUGGGGACUCCGGGAAGCAGGGCCAUGAGACGAGGAGGAGCAGCUGCAGAGGGUGCUGUCUGGAGAAGACGCCGUGGAGCCGGCCCCGUGGAGAGUUCCCGCCACCUUACGGAGCAGAGCUGGAGGCCUCCCGGCCUCCCGGGCCACACAUGUACUUCACCCCAGACCCAGACUCUGUAGAUACUGAGGACUCGGCCUCUUCUCAGAAGUUGGAUUUGUCAGCGGAAAUGGUGCCUGGUUCCCUGCCAGCCCCCGGAAAGUGCAGGAAGCGAAGAAUGCCUGGUGGAAGAUUCCAGGCAUUUUCAGACCAGGAGGGUCUGGGCUGCCUGGAGAGAACUCACGGGUCCUCCGUGGCCGAGGAGAGCCUGAGCAGACAGAACAGCUCAGGAAGCAGGAGUGGGAGGACCUUGUCUCAGCCUGAGGCCUCAGAGACUGAGGAGCAGAGGUCUCGGGGCAUGACCGACACCAGAGAGCCAUCUCCUGGGUCACGCUCGGCUCUACCCGGGAAGAAGGCGACCCUGCAGGCGGCGCUCCUGGAGACGCUCUUGGACCUGGUGGACAGGAGCUGGGGCGGCUGCAGGUCCCUGCACAGCAACGAGGCAUUCCUCACUCAGGCAAGACACAUCUUGUCAUCUGUUGAAGAAUUCACAGCGGCUCAGGACGGCUCUGCGACGGUGGGUGCAGACGUCGGCUCCCUGGCUCUGGAGAGUAAGUCCCUGCAAAGCCGCCUUGCUGAGCAGCAGCAGCGGCACGCCCGGGAGAUGAGCGAGGCGACGGCAGAGCUGCAACGCACACGCCAGGAGCUGGUGAGCCCGCCCUGGCACCAUGUCCGUGUCCAUGUGACUGGGGGAAACACGGCUUUGACUUCCAGGAACGAGGGCAGCUCCUUGAGGCCACAUUGUCCCAACCACCAUCUCUGCAGCCCCAUGUCUCCCCUCCCUGCCCAGGACCCGGCCACCCCCAGGAACGUGGCCUGCCCUGUCUCACAACAGGCCUGGAGCACUUUGGAGACAGCAGUGGCGCUGGCCACUUUCUCUCCUUGGAGGGGCUGGGCUGGGGAGGCGGGCAGGGGUGAUGCCAGCCGGAGACGAUCUUUAGUCCCCUGUCCUCUGGCGCAGUCUCCCCCGUCCCCUCCCGAGAGGUCCAGUGUACCAGGUGAUCGCAGGGUCCCUGCUGCUGCCCUGCCUGUGCGUCCUCCCCCGGACCACCGGGCGCUGCUGGGCGCUGCGGGAGCCAGGCCUGGACGUGACUUUGUCUUGCUGACCCGUCUCUCAGGGCCUCGAAUUGGAGACAGCUGAGGCCACUCUCCUUUUACAAAGGAGAUGACGGCCAGUGUUCCAUGGUGAGCUGGGGCUACAGGGCAAGUUACCCCAAAAUGAACAGCUGAAAACCCACAUUUAUCCCCUUGGAUUUCUGUGGGUCGGGCCUGAGGCUCAGCUCAGCUCAGCCAGGCGCGUUUGGCUCCGUCUCAGCCGUGGGCCAGGGCCACCGUCUCAUCUGAGGCCUCAUGGGGCAGGAUCCUCCCAGGCUCCCUCCACACUGCAAGGGCCUCCCCAUGGGCUGCUGGCGUCCUCAGGACAGGGAGCUGGUGGUCAGAGAGCCACACCCAGACAGAAGCCGCCCUCCGGGAGUCCUGGUAUGAGGGCAGAGCCGUGUGAGGAGGUGCACACCCAGAGGGGCCUUGUUAGCCUCUGUAAAAUGGGAGUGAAGUCGGCCCGGGACGGCUUUGAAAACUGCCUCUGAAUUUAUCUGACAAGUACAUACUAUCUGUUUCAUGGGAACCUACAUCUGAGAGAUCCCACACAGCGCUUCCUCUUUAGAGAAGAAAAAGUACAGAUGACAAAACAACACAGGCAGUCUCUGAUUAAACGCACGUGCCCCACCCACCCUCGCCCCCGGCCGGGUCUGGAAGCCUCAGCACGUGGCCUUCAUCCGGAAGCCUCUGUAUUUCAACACACGUGGGUCCCCGUCCCCCCAUCCAGAAGCCUCUGCAUUUAAACACACGUGGCCCCCGUCUGGAAGCCUCUAUUUAAACACACGUGGCCCCCGUCUGGAAGCCUCUGUUUAGACACACGUGGCCCCCGUCUGGAAGCCUCUGUUUAGACACACGUGGCCCCCGUCUGGAAGCCUCUGUUUAGACACACGUGGCCCCCGUCUGGAAGCCUCUGUUUAGACACACGUGGCCCCCGUCUGGAAGCCUCUGUUUAGACACACGUGGCCCCCCGUCUGGAAGCCUCUGUUUAGACACACGUGGCCCCCGUCUGGAAGCCUCUGUUUAGACACACGUG